GGAAAACCAACUUGCUCUCCAACAUGGCAGCCACCUUCCCUCCUGCCUCAGCUAUAUCAACUAGUCUUGAAAACACCAGCAUCUAUGACUAUUAUGACCUUGAUGAUUUCCUGGGUACAGUCUGUAGGAAGGAGGCCAUCUUGUCCUUUGGCAGAGUGUUCCUACCUAUCUUCUAUUCCCUGGUGUUUGUCCUGGGUCUGGGUGGGAACCUUUUCUUUUUCAUUGUCCUCCUCAACUCUGCCCGUAGAAGACAGGUAACUGAGGUCUACCUGAUGAACCUGGUUGUUUCUAACCUCCUCUUUGUCGUGACCUUGCCUUUUUGGGGGGCCUCUGUAGCCUGGCAUUGGAUCUUUGGGGAAGCCCUCUGCAAAAUCAUAUGUACCCUUUACACUGCUAGCUUCUACAGCAGCAUCUUCUUUAUUGGCUGCAUGAGUCUGGCUAAGUAUCUGGAUGUUGUCCAUGCUCAGACGCACCAUCACCUGUGGACACCAACAAAGAGCUGGCUCCUUUCAGGUGGGGUGUGGACAGUGGCCCUGGUGCUUUCAAUCCCUGACCUGGUCUUUGCUCAAGUGCAAGAAGGCCCUGGUGGCAUGCAGAGUUGUCAUCUGGACUUUGGAGACAAUGGGCUUGUAUGGAAGGUGCUUCUUCGCUUUAAGCAGAGUAUUCUAGGAUUUAUCCUCCCACUUUUUGCUAUGGUCUUCUUCUACACCCGAAUAGGCUGCAUCCUCACAGUCCUAAAACCUCGGGGUAGGGGCCGAGCCCUGUGGGCAGCUGCAGCACUGAUGGUGGCCUUCUUUGUACUGUGGUGUCCCUACAAUAUUACCCUGUUCCUGCACUCCCUGCAGGACUUACAGGUCCUCAAGGGCUGUGAAGUCAGCAAGCGUCUGGACUAUGCCCUUCAGGUGACAGAGAGCAUUGCUUUCACUCACUGCUGCCUCUCCCCUUUCCUGUAUCUCCUUGUCCACCAUCAGCUCAGGAAACACCUCAAAAAAGUUCUAGAAGCCAUCUUCAGAAGAUCCAGGGAUACCUCUGCUGCCCAUCCCUCCCAGACCAGUUAUUCCAGUAGUUAUUCCACAACCCAAGAAGAAAUGACCAGCACUGACAAUCGAGAAGAAAGCUUACAGGAUCAUGGAAUUUAGAGAAAGAAAAGAUCUUAGCUCUCAUUUAGUCCAACCUCCUCAUUUCACAAGUGAGAGAACUAGGACAC